UGUUAAAACGAAAGGGACGUUUAUCUAAAUAAUAUUUUGUUUUGUUUUAAUUCUUUAUAUUAUAAAUUUUAUUUCAAGAACCCUUAUGAACGUUUUUAUUUUAUUAAAAAACCUAUUGUGAAUGAAAAAAAAAACGCCUUGUCAAUUGUUUUAAAGUUUUUGAACAAUAACAAUUUUUUCGUGGUUGAAAAAUUUAAAUUUAAUGUGUAAAACUGUAAAAAAUAGUAAAUAUUAUUGACAAUCUUUAAUCAAAUAAAAUGAGAUCGUAGAAAUUAAGUAGAAUAAAUAAGUAUUCACAACAAAAAAAACAAGAACUAAAAACUUCAGAAAAAUGGAAAUCAUAAAUUUGGGAAAAUUCAAUUUUAUUAGUAUAUACACCUUAUUUCUAUUAAUAUUUAUUAUAAAACCAACGUUGGGAUUGAUUUCAUGUCCAAAACAAUACAUUUAUCAAAUUGGUACUAGAACAAUAUGUUCAUUAGGAAAUGAUACAUCAGUUUCGUGUGACAGUCCAUAUGUUAAAGAUGCUCUAGUAUCAUGUGCAGAUGGUUAUUUUAAUCAUUUACAUAAACAAUUAAUAAUAUGUGAUUUUAAUACCGGUAAAUGGUCAGAAAUUCCAUAUAGAUGUUUUCCACCUUGUUUACCAGGAUAUCCGGGUGAAAAUCCAUUAUUAGAUAAAGAAACAUUAUUGGGCAAUAGAGAAAAUAAUCGAUGGUAUGCUGAAAUUUUAAGAAGACCACCAAUUAACGGUGAACAAAAUGUUAUUCCAGCUGGUGUUUUAUCAGCUAAAAUGAUUUUCGUAUGGGAAAAAUAUUUUGAUCGAAAUAGUCAACAUGAUUUUUCAAAUUAUCUAGUGCGUGUAUAUAAAACACGAGCAAAUAAAUUAGAACCAGAAGAUUACAGAAUAGAAAGAAUUGUAUAUCUUGAUAAUGAUCCGGUGUAUACUAGUGGUGGAACACCUGAACUUGAACGGUUUUGUAUAUUAAUUUUAAGCAAAGAGAAAUAUAUUGAAAUAAAUCAAGAAUUGGGAAAUUUUUGUGUUAUAUAUGAUGGAAAAACGGAAUUAUGGGAAAAAUAUAGAUGGUAUAUUGAAGUUAUGAAGGCGAGACCAGAAAAUAAUUUAAUGCCACAAUAUCCUGAUAAAUGUAUUGUGCCUCAUGUUGAAAAAAGAAAAAUUGAUAUAAUGUGCUAUUCAAAUUUAUUGGAUGGUCCCUUACCUGAAUGUUCACAAACUGCGAAUGUUUUACAAACUAAAUGUCAAAUUGGACAUAUGAAAAGAAGUUCAAUGAAUGAUGAUGUGAUAUCAGCGUGUGUUGCCGGACGCUGGAUUAUUGAUGAUGCUGAUGGAAGUGAUUGUGAAUUAAUAUGUGGAGAAAGUGAAGAAUUUAUAAGUGAAACUAUUACACCAUUAAUACAUGGCGGUAGACAAGCUACUAUAAGAAGAGCACCUUGGCAUGCUGGAAUUUAUACAAAUAGCACACAAAAAUUACAUGAAUUAAUUUGUGCUGGAAGUAUUAUACAUAGAAAUAUAGUAAUAAGUGCAGCUCAUUGCUUUUAUGAUUCAUCCUUAAAAACAAUGGGCAUUGCUUCGGACUAUAUUGUAGGAGCUGGAAAACUUUAUCAUAAUUUCAGUAGAUCAGAAGAUUCUGAACAAUUUGUUAGAGUUUCGGAAAUACAUAUUAUACGAACAUAUGACAGUCAAAAAUUGAAAAAUGAUGUAUCAGUUUUAGUUGUAAAUCCUGAAUUUAUAUAUAAUUCACAUGUUAAACCCGUUUGUAUUGAUUGGACUUCAUAUUUUGAAUAUGAUCUUAAAAGUGGAACCGUUGGUCAUAUUUUUGGUUGGGGUGCUACUGAUCAAAAUAAUUUCUUAAGUGAAGAAUUACUUACAGUUGAUUUUAAAACAUUAUCAAGUGAACAGUGUAGAAAAUUAGAUAAUAGAUCAGAGGCAACAGCUGAAAAUUUUUGUGGAACAAAUGAUAAAGGUGCGACUGCAUGUAAAGGAGAUAGUGGUGGUGGUUUUGUUGUAAAAAGAACAAUAGGUGGUAAAGAACGUUAUACAUUAUGGGGUGUUAUUAGUUCGGGUAUCGGUUAUGAAAGUUAUUGUACAGAAAAAUCUUUAACUAUUUUUACAAAUAUACAAUAUUUUCAAGAGCCGAUUAAAGCAAUAAUAACAAAAAGUCGAAGAAAACUAAAUUCUGAUAAAUUAACUAAAAUAAUAUGGCAUAAAAUAUUUGCUCACGAUAUCUGGGCAGCACCAAAUUGGGUAGAAGAUGAAUUAAAUUUAAAAUUAACUUCGAAUCCAGAGCAAGUGAGAUUAAUAUCAGAUAUUAUAACUUAAAUAAUUAUAAGAAUGUGAAAUUUUAAAUGAAAAAAUUUAUUGAAAUAAGAAAUAAAUUAAUAAAAUGUUAAGGAAACUUUUUUUUCUCAAA